GUUAGGUUGACUCUGAGGCUCUUCACAUUGAGUGAGAUGAGAUUCUCAGAUGAAACGUCAAGUCAUCCACGCACUCCCAGAGCUUCUCCAACUCGCUAUCUCUAGCCUGGUCUGCUUUGACUUGGCCUUUGCUCUGAGCACAGGCUCCCAGAGUGAUCCUUGCCCCUGACCCAAGUCUACCCGCUGCACAGCCCCCCGAGAUGUGCCAAGCAUCACGGUGGGACUUGAGUGAUCCUAAAUCCCCAAGCUGCACGAAUGCAGAAUGCAGAAUCCAGCAUCAGAUAUGUGGUGCUGGUGCCUUGGACUCGAAUCCACUGCUGAGUCUCCGUCCAAGGUCCCACAUCUGCUGCUACAGAGCUUUUAUUGACGAUGCCACUGCUCUUCUUUAAUGUCUCGAGAGUUUCUUGCCGUCGACGCGGCGUACUAGCAUCUUGAAGUGGAAUCGGGCUAAUCGGAAGAAAUGUCAAUGCAUUACAGAUGCAGAUAUGGUCCACUAUCGAGCCAAGAACGUACAGUACUUGGCAAAUGAGGGCUGGCUGCUGCAAAUUGUAACCCUCUGUAGCAUGUGAACCAACAGGUUAAGAGCUAUCGAGGAUCUAGUAUCAGCAACGCAGCAUUGAACCAGUGAGGAAUGAUACCCCAUUGCUGGACUUGGAGUAUUUGGUCCCUACAGUUCACUCUCCCCAAAGGGUCUCCAAUCCAUGAUGGUCGGGGACUUGUUCUUAAUUGAAACAGGAUUUAGAAUCUGAAUCAGCCCUAACGAUUUGGAGAAGGGACCGGGCAUGCUAUGGUUCCCUUUCUUUUGUCGUCACCAUACAGCAUAAACGAGCCAGACACAGACAGACAAGGCCACACUGGACAGGCCUUGAUCGAGGAAUCCUACAACCCCAGAAUCCUAACUCCAGAAAGAGGCAUAUCUCCAUUCGAUCCAAGGGUUGAGGAGGUCAGGUGCAGCCAUGGCCCACAGCUAGAGGCUCCUGCAACCCAUUCGGGAUUGGGAUUGGGUACUUGUCAUUUCGAGGUCUCGAGUCCAAAUGAGCGAUGUCGGUCGUUUAAGGUACAAGACUGUACCAAAUUGAAUCACCAUGACGCUACUUCAGAGUGCAAAAUAGCCAAGAAAUGCCGCUCUAGUGACGACUGAGCCGUG